AUGAGUCUGACUGCGGAUGAACUAGACCCCCUUCGAGAGGAAGGCAACACCGAUUCUGUUGCCAAGACCUAUCUGGAUUCUGUUACAUUCUAUUGGUACCAUGUCAACCGUCCUUUCGAAGCUAAUAGACUCGUCUUCUGCAAUCGGGCAUCUCGUUGUCUGGCGGUUGGGCUGGCUACAUUUGUUGACUCGCGCCACAGCGCGGCUAGGCGCUCCUAA